AUGAAACAGAUGUCGAUGAGUAGCAUCUUAGCUAAAUCACGGUUCUGGGUGAAAAGAAAUGACUACUGCAGCAUUCCAGCGGUCUUCGAAAAGCCUAAGAACUUAACAGAAACAGAGAAUGUUGAAACUAUUCAGCCCAAAGCAAAAUUGAAACAUGUCAAGCCAUUUUCAGAUUUUUUAACUGAUUUACACCACAGGCAGCAUACUUAUCUCAGGAUAUCGUUAACUGAAAGAUGCAAUUUGCGAUGUCAAUAUUGCAUGCCAGAAAGUGGGGUGGACCUAACAUCAAAUGAUAAUUUACUAAAAACUGAUGAAAUGAUGAAACUUGCAAAGUUAUUUGUGAAGGAAGGUAUCAAGAAGAUUAGGUUAACUGGUGGCGAACCUCUCAUAAGAAAGGAUAUUGUUGAAAUUGUUGAACAGCUCAAUUUUCUGAAACAGUAUGGCUUAGAAAAGCUUAGUUUAACAACAAAUGGGGUCCUGUUACAUCGUUAUUCUGAAAAGUUGAAAGAAGCUGGAUUGGAUAAUUUAAACAUUAGUUUAGAUACUUUGAUAAAAUCCAAAUUUGAGUUUAUAACAAGAAGGAAAGGUUUUGAAAAAGUGAUAAAUAAUAUAGAUCUUGCUAUUAACACUGGUUUCAAAUCCAUAAAAAUAAACUGUGUCCUGAUGAAAAAUUUCAAUGAUGAUGAGUGCACAAAUUUUGUUGAACUUACAAAAGACAAACCUCUAGAUGUUAGGUUCAUUGAAUAUAUGCCUUUUGAUGGGAACAAGUGGAAUGCAGCUAAGUUUAUAUCCUACCGAGAUUUAUUUGAAAUAAUAAAGUCUGCAUAUCCUAAUAUAAAACCACUAGAAAACGAAUUUCACAGCACUUCAAAAUCAUGGAAAGUUGAUGGGUAUGUUGGACGGAUUGGCUUCAUUACCUCCAUGUCAGAUCAUUUCUGUGGAGGUUGCAAUAGAUUAAGAUUGACGGCAGAUGGCAAUCUGAAAGUGUGUUUGUUUGGAAAUUCUGAAGUCUCAUUGAAAGAUGCUUUGAGGCUUAACUAUUCAGAUGAAGAUCUCUUGCAAAUCAUUGGUCAUGCUGUUAAAAGAAAAAAAGCCAAACAUGCUGGUCUGGACUCAUUAACAAAACUUAAGAACAGACCAAUGAUUCUCAUCGGUGGAAAUGUUACAUUCCCUACUAAUCAGUUUCGCAGGUAUUUUCAUAGUUCACACAAUCGAUUCGACAAACGUGACGACAACUCACAAGCAGGUAGCCAACUCACUCACGUGAACGUCUCCGGCAAAAUUAAAAUGGUCGACAUCGCUGGCAAAUCAGUAACUCACAGGAAAGCUCAAGCUUAUUGCAGGGUAAGGUUGCCGUUGCACGUUUAUGAAGCCGUUAAAAUUAACAAAAUUAAAAAAGGGGACGUGCUGACAACCGCCAAAUUAGCGGCCAUUAUGGCUGCGAAAAAAACCGCCGAUCUCAUACCUUUGUGUCAUCAUUUAGCGCUGAACACAGUGAACGUUGUUAUGACAUUGAAUGAUGCAGAAAGCUGCGUUGAGAUAUCAGCUGAAGCAUCUUGUGAUGGUAAGACAGGGGUGGAAAUGGAAGCGCUAGUUGGUGUUAGUGUGGCCGGUUUGACCAUCUACGACAUGUGCAAAGCGAUGUCUCACAAUAUCGAAAUCCAAGAAAUUAAAUUAAUUUCCAAGUCCGGUGGUAAAAGUGAUUACGACAUACUCCGAAAAUAAUCAAAAUUUUUGUUUUCAUUUGUGAUCUUUUCAUUUGUCUUCAUGCUUGUUUAUUAUUAAUACUGCAAUUGAUUCACUCGUCAAUAAACAAAUUUGUAAUUUUAUUUAGCAACAGUAACUAUCAAGCUUCAUAUCAUUUGUGUGCGUGUCAUCAGUGCCUUCUCUGCUACCACUUGUGCAUAAAUAUUUCUCAGUGUAUGAGUUAAA